GUAGUACUAAUAUACUAUGAAAUUUUCUAAACUCAUUUGGUGUGACCGUACCAAGGAAAUAUUAAAGAAAGACUGCUUUACAUUUCCAUUUCUCAAAAUCUUAUCUACGUGAUCUCCGUUUAUGUCUGUGUACAUUCUCGUCCACGGUCAUUGAUCGGCUUGGCCAUGAAGCUCCCUACGAUAGCCGCCGUGGUCCUCUGUUUUACGGCAGUCACUGCCGAGAACCUCAGGACUUUCACCGCGAUGUACGGGCCAUUCGAUUCGAGCAUUUCUGAUAUAUUCCACUUCGAGGGCGCAGCUGGCAUCCUCGACAACUCCACACUCCAAUUGACCCAGGACUUUUUCAGCAUGUCAAAAAGUACCGAGUUCUCCCCGGAAGCCCAACCAUUUACGUUCCCCCUGCCAGUGAAUCAAAGCGGACGAGUGAUGUUGAACCAAUCAUUCAAAUUGUGGGAACAAGGUUACAACAAAACCUCGGACAGGAUUGCCUCGUUCAACUCCUCCUUCCUCUUCAACAUCGACCCAUUUUUCGGUCAUCCCAUGGGCGAAGGGCUGGCCUUCAUCAUGGCCCCGAACACGUCCAUUCCGUCAAACAGUUCCGGCCAAUAUCUGGGCCUGACCAACUACGACACCGACGGCCACCCUGAAAACCAAUUGUUCGCCAUCGAGCUCGACAACGUCAAGCAGGAUUUUGAUCCGGAUGCUAACCACGUGGGACUUAAUAUAAACGGCAUCAUAUCUAAUGUUACUGGCUCUUUGACCCCAUUCAAAAUUGAAAUCGCUUCAAUUAACGAGUCCAGCUGGUUUUACAAUGUCUGGGUCCAGUACGAUGGGGUCAAUAAGUUCAUUGAGGUGUACAUUGCACAACAAGCCGAGCUUGAUGGGGAGACGCCCUCACGACCCAGUACACCUAUCUUGAAAUCGAAUCUUGACUUGGGCGCAGUUUUGAAUCAGUACUCAUACUUUGGUUUCUCAGGAUCGACUGGGUUUGGUUCGCAGUUAAACGGUAUCUUUAGGUGGAACUUGACGGUGGACUCCUAUCCGGAGGAUGUCAUCUCUCUGGAGGCUCCUCAGGCUUUCGCUCCCGCUCCCGCUCCCGCUCCCCCUCUGGAGGAAAACCAUCGUUCGUCGGAAAAGACUCUCCUUAUAGUUGGUGUCGGGGUUCCACUGCUGGUGAUGGGGGCCGCACUGACGGGGUAUUGUAACCUAUACAAGAAGCGAUCAGUGGUUCAUUCUCAGUCCAACAUCUUACUAGGGGCCUUGAAGAGAUUGCCAGGAACCCCAAGGGAGUUCCAAUUCAAGGAUCUGAAGAAGGCGACCAACAACUUCGACAAGAAGAACAAAUUGGGCCAGGGUGGUUUCGGGGUAGUGUACCGAGGCCAUCUAAAGAAUGAAAAUCUGGAGGUUGCCGUCAAGAGGUUUUCCAGGGAAACUGUAAAGGGUCAGGAUGACUUCUUGGCAGAGCUUACCAUCAUCAAUCGUCUCCGUCACAAACACCUCGUCCCACUGCUGGGAUGGUGUCACAAGAAAGGGGAGCUGCUACUUGUAUAUGACUACAUGCCUAACGGUAGCCUCGACACACACCUAUUCACCAAAACACUAGACAAAAAGCCACUAAGCUGGGAUUUGCAUUACCAGAUCAUCUCAGGGGUGGCCUUAGCCCUGCACUAUCUCCACAACGAGUACGACCAGAGAGUCGUCCACCGGGAUAUUAAGCCCAGCAAUAUCAUGCUAGACUCCGACUUCAACGCUCGACUUGGGGAUUUCGGCCUCGCUCGUGCUCUGGACAAGGAGAAGACCUCGUACACGGAGGCCGGGGGCGUGGUCGGCACACUGGGCUACAUUGCACCUGAAUGCUUCCACACAGGCAAGGCCACCCAGCAGUCCGAUGUCUACGCGUUCGGUGUAGUCUUGUUGGAAAUAGUUUGUGGUUUGCGACUUGGAACAAUGAUCGAGGAGUUUGUCUUCUUGGUUGACUGGGUGUGGUUCUUGCACCGUGAAGGCCGGAUAUUAGAUGCUAUAGAAGAGCGGCUUGAAAAUGAGUAUGUCGCUGAGGAAGCUGAGAAAAUGCUGAUUUUGGCUUUGGCAUGUUGUCAACCGAUGGCAAGCGAAAGGCCAAGAACUGAAGGAAUUGUUCAAAUCAUAUCCGGUUUAGCUCCGGUGCCUUAUGUGCCACCAUUCAAACCGACCUUCAUAUGGCCGUCGAUGCCCUCUGUGGAAGACGAUGAUAUCAGCAGCUCGGCCAUGCGCCCGAUGGAGACAAGGUCCUUUCGGACAACCCAUUCGGUAUUAGGCUUUACCCCGGAAUGCAUCAGCCGAGAGCUCUGUGCCAAUGACAAAUUCAAGACUGUGUAGUUAAUUUCUUUUGUCAUAAUACCAAGUAUUUUUCCUCUUCAAAUUUCAACAAUGUUAUAAUGAUCAU